AUGGGUAACCUCUGCGGCAAGCAAUCGAAAGACGCCUUCGACGGUCCCGGCCGGACUCUGGGGUCGGCUCCCGCGCCUGCAACGAAGGCCUCGGUCCCUGCGACUGCAAAUGCUGGGUCGAGCGCAAAGCGUACAGUUGGUGGGCCACCGAGGAAAUUAGGGGAGAGCAAUGCGGUCGAAGAUCCUAGAUCGGCAGCGGCUGCAGCUGCAGAGUGGUGGUGGCGCAUCGCACGGUAUCAGGUUUGGUGCGACGAUUCGGCGCAACGGGGUUCAGACGAAAGGCUGGAGAUUUUGCGCCGAAUCGUGCGCAUUCGAACUGAUUUCGCGCAGUACGCACCGCGCGCAAGACACGCGAUGGGAUCACAUAGCUAACACUCUGAACCAGGCACGCGCAAACAAGACCUCGACCGGCGACUUGCAAAGGAAGCUCGAUGCUCAGAAGAAACAGACGCGCGCCGGAGUGCUGAAAGAAAUAUCGGACCGGGAGCGCAGAGAUCGACAGAUCCAACAGAAGGCUGAGGAACUUACGCACAACUGA